UCGCCUUUUCCAGCGGGUUCUUGCCGCCCCCCCUCCCGGGGGGCACCCCGCCGCUCCCCGCACCCCCCGCGCCAGCAGCCGUCGAGGCCGUGCAGAGGCCGCGCCGAGAUGGCUGCCGCUGAGGCUGAGAGGUGGCCAGGAACCCCAGAGGGGCCGGCGCAGCUUGCCGAGGGGGUCGUGGGCCACCCUCAGACUUCACAGAGCCCCGCCAAGGGAGACCAGGGCCCGGUGCUAGCCCCUGAGGUCCGCUGGGCCCAGGGAGGAGAGAAGUGUCCUGCCGGCCCCGUCUCAGAGCCAGAGGCCCCGGACGGAAGACUCAAGCUGCAGGAAGAGCGGCUGAAGCCCGAGGCGGAGGGGCCCGAGGACAGGGGUUCGAGGCCCCUGACGGCCACCGUCAGGCCUGUUCAUGGCCCCAAGAGGAAGCCAGUCACGGAGGAGCCAGAGGGGAGCCAGAGCGAGCCCUCACCGUCGGCCAAGCAGCACAAGAAAGCCAAGAAGCGCAAGAGUGUGGGGGUCCCCGCGCCCCCCGCCGCGGCCAGCGCGGCAUCUGCACCCUCCGAGGCCUUGGGGCUGGAGCGAAAGGCCCAGCGCCUGCGGCCCCUGUACCAGUACAUCAACUAUUGCAACCCUGAGCUGAACCAGGCAGAUGAGGGCGACAGGGAGGCCGAGGCCGAAGUGGAAGGCGAGUCUGAGCUGGCCCUGGUCCCCGAAGAGGCCAGCCUGGAGCAGCUGCAGGCCUUGCUGCCUGUCGCGGGUGAGCCGAGUUCAAGCCUCGCCCUGCCCUGCCCCAGUGUGCUCAUGUCCCCUGCCCAGGCUCUGGUGCCCCUGGGAGAGGAAGCUCGAGAGGAGCCUGGGGGGCUGCUGAACUUGGGGGUCAGUGUCCGCCUCAAGGCUGAAGUGGACAAGUCAACCCAGGUGGACAUCAACAAGAUGCUGAGCGUCUGUGCUGCCCCGCUGGUCCCCCCGCUCUCUCCCCAGUACAAGUGACUGUCCCACCCCACUGCUGGCUUCUGUCCUGAGCCUCAGCAGCUGCCUGAGGACCUAGGCCCUCAAAGGGAGGGGAAUGGGGUCCCGGAACUUGCUGAAAAUAAAUACUUUCCCUCUUCUCAGGCUUGGUGACUCCUCCAAUAAGAAGCCUCAGAUAAGGGGAGUGGAGGGAGCUUAAAGCUCAAGCAUAUGUCUUGCCUGCAGGAAGCCUGGGUUCGGUCCCCUGAGCCUGAGCUGGGAGUAGCCUCUGAGCGUCACUGCAUGUGGCCCCAAAAGAAUCCCCAAGAGGGAGAAAGAGGGUAGGAAACUGUCCAUUUUGGGAUUAAAGCCUGGCUAGUUAUGUGGAUUGUCCUGGAACAGAAUAAAACUAUAGAACGCUGGACAGAGAGCACAGCAGGGAGAGCACUCUGGCGAUGAAGGCUUGAUCCCCAGCACCCCAAAUGGUACCUUGAGCUUGCCAGGAGUGAUCCCUGAUGCAGGAGUAAGGCCUGA